AUGCAGAGGCGAUUUCGGCAAGUUUGCACUGCUCUAAGAGAGCACAGCUCUGUGAGAUAUGCCAAGAUUGCCACUGUUGGAGGGUUCUGCAAUGUUGAACUCAUUAUCGUAAAAGCUACAGCUCCUGACGACUUGCCAUUGCCUGAAAAAUACAUUCAGGAGCUCUUGAAAAUCUUCUCCAUCUCUCCAUCUUCAUUGAGAGAAUUUUCACUCAGCUUCACUCGCCGUUUUGGCAAGACUCGCUGCUGGCGGGUUGCACUCAAGUGUCUAAUCCUCCUCCAUCGUCUGCUUCGUGCUGUCCCUGAAGACAGCCAGUUCCGGUCUGAGCUCCUUUGGAGACGAUCCAAUGGCUUGAUGUCUCUCAGUCAGUGUCACUUCCGUGAUGAUUCAUCCUCGGCAUCUGAAGAUUACACAGCCUUUAUUAGAUCCUAUGCUCGGCUCCUUGACGAAGCUCUUCAUUGCUUUUGGUUGGAUAGCAAGCCAGCCUACAAUCAGCAAGAACAUCACUGUCAAGAAUAUGCAGAAGAAGAAGAAGAAGAAGAAGACGAAGAAGAAGGGCAAUUUGGGAGCUUACCAAAUAAAAUGGCAGAAGUUGGUCGAAUGCUUGAAGUGUUGCCACAGCUGCAAAGCCUCAUUGACCUUGUCAUGGACUGCCGUCCCACAGGAGCAGCAGCGAAAGCUUUCCUCGUCCAGUUGGCUAUGAAGCAUAUCAUUAGAGAUAGCUUUAUGUGCUACACAAUCUUUCGGAGGGAAAUUGUUAUGGUUCUGGACAGCCUGUUUCAGAUGCCAUACAGGAGUUGCAUAUCAGCAUUUGGUAUUUACAAGAAGGCAGCUGUCCAAGCAAAUCAACUCUGUGAGUUUUAUGAGUGGUGUAAGGCAAUGGGGUUCUGUGGAGCAUAUGAAUAUCCCUUCAUAGAUCAAAUCCCACAUAUUCAAAUUCAUGCUCUCGAGAAUUUUCUCAAUGGCAUGUGGCAGCUGACAGAGUCCUCUUCUACACCAACUUCUUCACCAACUUCAUCAGCAUCAGUGCCAUCAUCUUUCGUCGAGUACUCUAGUUCGACUUCAACAGAGGACGACAUUAAUAAGGAUCACAUCCUCGUUACUACGAAAUGGGAGAAGCCCUUAAUUCAGUUUGAUAGAGGUUCUAACGAGAAGAAGCCAUUAAUUCAGCUUGAUAGAGGUUAUGACGAGGAGAAACCAUUGAUUCAGUUUGAAGAUGAUACCGACGAGGAGAGCUGGGAGAGCCUGCUAGAAGCUUCCAUUAACAUGUCACCUCCUGCUGCUCAACAGAAUAAUAUGUGCUUCAACAAUAAUGGAACUUAUGGAUCAUAUGGAUAUUGUAAUUACAGGAACGUGGUCCAACAUGGAGAUCAAAAGGAUGCAUCGCAGAUGCAAAUAUACAACGCAAAUUCUCUUAAUCCUUUCUAUAUCAGCCACUCAUCAGGCCAAACUACUUAUUUAUCCCCAAAUCUAGCUGAAUAA